AUGUGGCUAUUUCCAAUAAAAUGGCUUAACGACCAGUGCUAUGAUAAUCUCAACCAAAUGGGCAUUUGUUAUACCCGUUUGAAAUGCACAGUAAUAGGCGGCGCAUACAGUGGUAUAUGUGCUUUGGGUUUAGGGGCCUGUUGUGUGGUGGCAAAGUCUUGUAAUAAACAAACAUCGGACAAAGUUGUGUAUUUCAAAAACCCUGGCUACCCACGAUUUGAUACAGGUGCAAAUAUUUGUACCAUGACGCUUCAAAUAAGGGAUCCAGAUGUGUGCCAGGUGCGCUUAGAUUUUAUAGACUUUGAUCUAGAUCAGCCAACAUUGGGCGACUGUCUAGGUGACAAGUUUCGUGUAUCGUCAUCGGGCGGGACGGGACAAAUCCCAAUGCUUUGCGGCCGAAACACUAACCAACAUGUCUAUGUACACGUACCAAAUGGCGGGUCAGCCACAAGAACCGUGAUCAUUAUAUUUGAUACUAACUCAAUAGGCGACUAUCGGUGGCAGAUUAAGAUGACCCAAAUUGAUUGCAGACCAGGUAGAUUACCUGGUGUUUAUCCACCUGCACCAAAUGGCUGCCUACAGUACCAUACGGAACCAACGAAGGUGAUUGAGUCAUUCAAUUAUGGCAAUCAGUACCUAAACAACUUGGACUACGGGGUGUGCGUAGAGCGGGCGCCCAACACGUGUCGGGUCACCUACCGGGUGGUCGGCGAUAGGGAGUGGUCUCUGGACAGCGCACAGGCGGCCAAAGAUCGGUCAGCGGUGGGCGACCAACAGUGCGCCGGCGAUUAUCUACUUAUAGCGGGUGGCUCCGAGACCGGUGACCCGCCCACCGCUGACCGAUAUUGCGGCGGGCGUUUCAAUUGGCUGCCCGGGGCUGUCACUGACGCCCCCGUUGUGUCAAAAGCCAAUGGUAUGAUAGCGUUAAGAUUCCAUUCGGACACUUUUCAGGAUCCGGCCUUUGCCCGAGGCUUUCGGGUUCGUUACGAGCAGAGUUCAACUGGAUUGAAGAUCAGCCGCAACACCAACGUUAGCGAUAUCGAUAAUUACGAGCAACGCUACAGCAAUGCAUAA